CUGAUGCCGUGUGCCACGGUUCGUACCGCCGUCGUGCUCUCGGCAGCGCCGUCGUUUCUGCUGACGCGCUGUGGCGUGGCGCGCUCCCCGCUUGGGCUUACAAGUUAUCCGGGAUCUUGUCCGAUUUGCGCGAAGCAGAGGGACGGUGGUCUGUGUUAGAAGGACUCUGUCCCAUGAUGCCGUCUCGAAGGGGACCCAUGAUCGACGACCAACUCAUUCUGCCGGCGAGGCCUCCGGCAGCCAAGCGGUGUCCAGUCUGCAAGGCAUUCGGCUCCGAGCGGAUGCAGCACGCGAGCCAGUGUCCCCUGGAGCCCGUGUACUGCGAGAACAAAUGCGGCGUCAAGGUGUCGCGGCGGUUGCUGCAGGAGCACCGCACCAACGACUGCACCAAGCGGCUCGUGCCGUGCCCCUACUGCCGCAAGGAGUUCGUCUUCGACACGCUCAAGAACCACAUUCCCAAGUGCCCGCGUUACCUGGUACAGUGCCACCAAUGCGAGACAACGAAGAUCCCACGCGAAGACCUGGAGCACCACCUCAAGGAGUUCUGCCCCGCUGCGGCUGUGGGUUGCGUUUUUAAGGAUCUGGGCUGCAAGUUCAAGGGUUCGCAGUUCGCGCUCGACCAGCACCUGGAUGAGAGCAGCAAGAACCACCUGGGUCUGCUGUGCGGCAUCGUGUCACGACAGCAGCAGCAGAUCUCGGCGCUUCGCACCGCGCUCCACGGUCUUGUGGCCAACACCACGGGCACGCUUCUCUGGAAGAUCUCCGACUACUCGCACAAGAUGGCGGAAGCCAAGGCCCAAGAGGGUGGCCUCGAGAUUUGCAGCCCGCCGUUCAGCACCAGCCCGUACGGCUACCGGCUCAUGGCCACGCUGUUCCUCAACGGCAACGGCUCCGGCGAGUCGACGCACCUGUCCGUCUACAUCAAGCUGUUGCCGGGCGAGUACGACUCGCUGCUACCGUGGCCCUUCGCGCACACGGUGUCGUUCGCGCUGCUAGACCAACCGUCGACGCCCGACAAGGCGUGCCACAUCGUUGAGAGCUUCGUGCCGGACCCGACGUGGAAGAACUUCCAGCGGCCCAGCCGCGAGCCGGACGCCCUGGGGUUCGGAUUCCCGCGCUUCGUGUCGCACGAGAUGCUCAAGAAGUGUCACUACGUGCGCGACAAUGCCAUCUUCAUCAAGGUCACCGUGGACGAGAGCAAGAUCAUCGCCGUGUGAUUGUGGUUGCUAGACUGUGCAGAGAGCAGACUGACGGUGCGCCGACGGUGACCUUCCAAAAGUGCUGAACGAUGGCGUUGAAAUGUGGCGGUGACUCGGCGAGUUUUAAAGCUACAAUCGCUGCGCAGGAGAGGCUCUUGUCCCCCUUUCAUGCUAGGUGCAGUCGGCCGCAAAUGUUUACGAGACACGAGUUCCAUGAGAAUGUGGAUUUCUGCCCUGUUGAGGCACGGCACUUUGGAUUUAAUGGAUCACCUUGUAGGUCGCAAGAAGUGCUACAGACUGAAACUUUGAAUUGGAGGCGCCGUGGGAACUUUUUCUUUCCGCAAAGCCCGCGUGCCGUAAACUUUUGUGGACGACUGUACAUAAAGCUGAUGUCUGGCGACAUUGAAGAUCAGAUGCAGCUGCUUUUAUAUGCUAGAAUGAGUUGCUGGGACCCCUCUCAGGUGUCAAUUUUACACCUAGGCCGGCAAGACUCAAACUUUAAAACGGCGAUGCUUAAACUGGCACGGUGAGUCGACAAACCUGAGAGCAACUAUAUCAAGCUAUAUAGCUGUGAAAAUGGCUCACGAUGAGCCAUUUUGUUCUCGAGUGUACCGAAUCAUCGAUGCCCGAUUGCAUUUAAGUUCGUGAUGCGGCCGCUUCCUGAUUAUGCAAGCCAGCGUUGCACUGCUUGAGCAUGUUGACACUGUCGGUCGAAUGUCACACCCCUGAAAGUUGUUAAGGCAAGAACUACACAUCGAGAAAGCAUUAUACACAUUGCUCUGGCAACAUAUUUUUAUGCUAACUGCUCACACCAGGAUAAGCAAGGUGAUUGCAGGCAGCAAGAGUAUUGGAGGCCCUCAAGAUGUAAGCAGCAAUGAGUAACCUUAUUACAGGCUGCAAAUAAGAGUUGGUACAGUAUGUCUUCUGAGAAAGCUGCAAGCCACUGAGAUUACAAUGAUGCAGUUUGAUCCAAUUACGCUUUCUUCAAGGAAGCAAUUCUGCCACUGCUCCUUGUAUUGUGUCUUUUCCAAUGUAAGCAAGAUGGCAAGGUUAGGAAUGACAAAUCAUUGAGCGGUGCACACUCAAACAAGCCAAGUCAUGCCUUGCAAACUCCAGUGCACAUUUUCACAGGGCAGCUUGCAAGCUUAUAGGUGCAGACAACAGAUGUGAAAUGCUGGGACCAUACGCAAGUGACCUAAUGAGCACACAAAGUUGCUUUGUGCAUGUUUUUAAGGUUGAAGGAAAUAUCUUUAUCCACACUCAGGAAUGUGCACAAGUAAAAAAAAAAAAAGGCAUUGUAGAAUAAUGUGAACUGCUGCAGCUGUAUCUGCUACACAAGACAUCUCAGGAAAACCUUUCAUGGGCAAAGUAAUGCCGCCAUCGAGCAUCCUUUUCUUCUGGGCCUUGGGAACGAAGCUUAAUUAAGUCUUCAAAUUUCAACCAUACUAACUUUACAAUUCCACUGCACUUUUACACUUCCUACUUUUUAAGCACACUUUCAAGUAAAGUGGCACUAUUUUGUCUUGGUAAAACAAAUAAAUAUGUAACACAUAUUUACCUGUCUUACUAAAACAAAAUAGUUCACUGACUGAGCACUAUUUCACUAUGAAACUGCAACGGCUAGGCAUUUAACUUAACAGUGCUGUUAAAAAGGGGUUGUGUGUACUACAAUUAGCAGCACAAGAUGUCCUGGUAUUACUUGUAUGCAAGUUUCUGUCAAAACAAUUAUAAACUAGCUCUGUCAUGUUUUCUCGCCAUGUUGCUGUCAUCUAAUGAGUAGUAUUUCUUUUCUUUAAAUGAUGCCCUCCUAUUGACACUUUUCUCCUGACACUUGCACGGCCAAAGCUUUUUAAUCACUAUUUUUAUUCCAUAAACUGCCUUAUAUACCUUGUGCUGUUUUUUUGACAUGCUUUAUGUACAAUUGAUUUAUAAUAGCAUACAUAUCCCUUAAUAUAAUGAUCUGUGUUUUUCUUCAUAAUGUAUAUACAAACAAAGGAAUCUAUACACAUGUAUGCCUUAUAAAUAUGCAUUUGUUUACAACGAAGCUUGUAUGAAAACAUUAUUUGUACACUCCUAGUCACAUGUCGUUCAUCAUGCUCAUCCUCAUCAUCUGUAGAUUUGUAGUCAUAUUGGAAAGUAUGCACGUGCCUUCAUUGUUCCAGCCUGAAUAAAGACUGAAGAUACUGAAAGUGCAAACAG